CAGUACGCACAGCAGCUGCUCACUGACCUGAUGGAGAACUACUCGAAAGCCCUGUGGCCAGUUGAGGACACAGACAAAGCCCUGUGGCCAGUUGAGGACACAGACAAAGCCCUGUGGCCAGUUGAGGACACAGACAAAGCCCUGUGGCCAGUUGAGGACACAGACAAAGCCCUGUGGCCAGUUGAGGACACAGACAAAGCCCUGUGGCCAGUUGAGGACACAGACAAAGCCCUGUGGCCAGUGGAGGACACAGACACAGCCCUGUGGCCAGUGGAGGACACAGAAACAGCCCUGUGGCCAGUGGAGGACACAGACAAAGCCCUGUGGCCAGUGGAGGACACAGACACAGCCCUGUGGCCAGUGGAGGACACAGACAAAGCCCUGUGGCCAGUGGAGGACACAGACAAAGCCCUGUGGCCAGUGGAGGACACAGACACAGCCCUGAACGUCACCGUGCAGAUCACUCUCUCCCAGAUCAAAGGCAUGUCUCAGAGAUUACUGACUAGGUAUUGAUAGCUGUGGAUUCGUCAGAUGUGGCACAAUGCCUACCUGAGGUGGAACAAGGAGGACUAUGAUGGCCUGGAGGUCAUCCGGAUACCCAGCAGUCUGGUGUGGAGGCCUGACCUCGUCCUCUAUAACAAGUACGCCCAAACAACCUCCCUUACCAACAAUAACUGUUGGUGCAUGAAUUGUAAUUUGAAUUUGAGCUCCUUUGUGGUGGUUGUCUCCUACUUCCCCUUCCACAGCCAGGAGUGCAACCUCACAUUUGGCUCCUGGACAUACAACGGCAACAAGGUUGACAUAGCCAUGGGCAUGGACAGUGAGGACCUGCCGGACUUCGUGGAGAACGUGAAGUGGGAAUGCCACGGCAUGCCGGCCACCAAGAUCGUCAUCAUGUACGGCUGUUGCUCCGAUCCCUACCCUGAUAUCACCUACACCGUCCUGCUACAACGCCACUCCUCCUUCUACAUCUUUAACCUUCUGCCCCACUUCCUCAUCUCCUUCCUGGCCCCGCUGGGCUUCUACCUGCCAGCUGACUCUGGGGAGAAGGUGUCCCUGGCCUUGACAGUGCUCCAGCUCAUGGUGGCCGAGAGAAUGCCGUCGUCUGAUUAUGUACCCCUUAUUGGAAAGUGGUACGUUGCUACCAUGACAAUGAUCACAGCCUCCACAGCUCUCACCGUCUUCAUCAUGAACAUCCAUUUCUGUUGUGCCGACGCCAAACCCGUCCCCCAUUGGGCCAAAGUCCUCAUCAUCAACUACAUGCCCAAGAUCAUCUUGGUCUACGAGGUGAGAGAGAGAGAACUGUGUCCCUGCCACCUCUUCCCCCUCCUCUUCCUCCUCACACUAUGGACAGGACUACUUCCACCACCCCAUCUUCAGCCCCACCACCAGGCCAAUGGGAAACUGGGAGGCCACAGCGGGCGAGAGAACCAGUACCGCCACAAACACUCCGGAUCCCAAACCCCUGGACCUCAACGUCACCCCAAGCCUUGACCCCCAACACCACAUCACCAGAGAUUAGAAGACCCAGCUCCAAGUACGAAGGUUUUGAGUCCAACGGGAACCUCUCCCUGGGGGAUUGCUGUGAGGAGGCGCUUCCAUGCUGUCCAGAGGUUGAAAAGGCAACCGUGGUCGCUGCUGUGGUGGCCUCAGUAACCUUUGACCCCUGUGUGUUCUGUAGUCAUGGCAUCAGCUUACCCGGGGUGGACUCCAAGCUGGUGCGGAACGUGGAGUACAUCGCCAUCUGCUUCCGGUGGCAGAGGGCCUCUUGCGCCACCAGGCAGAGUGGAAGAAGGUUGCCAGGGUGAUGGAUAGGUUAUUUUAUGUGGAUCUUCUUCAUCAUGGUCUUCCUCAUGAGCAUUCUGUUUAUCGGCAAGGCGCCAUGACAACAAUGGAAGAAAGACUAUUGGACUGUUAUAUGACAUUACUGAAGUCAAAUCAUUUCAC